AUGUCCCCUGCCCCUACCCUGGACACCCAGGUCCAGCCGCCUAACGGCGACCUCACCCAUGUUGGGCAGCUGAAAUCGCAGAAACAGAUGACCAAGGCUGAGCGGCGCGAGCUGCAGGAGAGACAACGCGCUGCCAAACAAGCCAAACAAGCCGGGCCCGCGAAUGGAGUCAAUGGCAAGGCACCGAACAGCGUGAAACAGGGCCCUACUCCCUCUACGUCUAAUGCACCAGCUCAAAAGAAGGGAGCGAAGCCUCCUGAGACACCUACCCGACCCCGUUCGCAGUCGGUCAGCAGGAAGGAUCCCAAGACCACGCCUGCUGCUGCCGCCGAUGCGUCAACGGAGAAAGCGCGCGGCCUCCGCAUAUUCGCGCACUUUGGGCUGCCCAAGCCCGUGAGUGCGGCCAAGGGUGAAAUCCACCCGACUAUCGUGCGGCUCGCGCUGCAAUUCGCGAACUUCAAGAUCGCCGGCGCGAACGCACGAUGCAUCGCUACUCUGACUGCAUUCAAGACAGUUAUCCAGGACUACUCCACACCGCCGAAUAAUACACUCUCUCGACAUCUCAUGACGCAUCUGUCACCUCAGAUCAGCCACCUCGUUGCAGCCAGACCCAUGUCGGUGACAAUGGGCAAUGCAAUCCGGCAGCUGAAGCUUGAGAUCAGCGGUUCAGAUAUAGAUUUGCCCGAGCAAGACGCGAAAGACGCAUUAUGUCUCAAGAUAGACAACUACAUCCGGGAUCGGAUUAUCAUCGCCGAUCAAGUCAUUCAGGAAACUGCAGGAAACAAGAUCAAGGACGGCGAUGUUAUUCUGACUUACGCGCGAUCAUCUAUAGUCGAGAAGGUCCUUCUCGGUGCGCACGAGGAAGGCCGUGACUUCUCCGUCAUCGUCGUCGACUCAAGACCCAUGCUAGAGGGCAAACGGUCACUGUCCGUGUUGUCCUCAGCCGGCAUUCAAUGCACUUAUUGCCUCUUGCCCGCCCUCGGAUCCGUCAUGAACGAAGUUUCGAUGGUUCUCGUGGGGGCGCAUUCGAUCCACUCGAAUGGCUCGGUCUUCUCAAGAGCCGGUACCGCUCUCGUCGCUAUGAUGGCGAAACGGCAUUCGGUUCCGGUCGUUGUGUGCUGCGAGACAUACAAGUACUCCGAAGGAGUACAAUUAGACAGCUUUACGAAGAACGAAUUAGCACCGAUCGGCGACUUGUUCUCAUCGUUCCCACUCACGAAGCCGCGAGAGGCGUUGACGCUCCAGAACGGGCCGAACCUGGAGAUCCUUAAUCCAUUAUACGACCUUACUCCGCCAACGUGCAUUACGGCCGUCGUCACCGAAGUCGGCGUUAUCCCGCCAAAUUCGAUCAGCUCGAUACCUCUCGCGCUGGGUCGACUCCUCUGA